GCCCCAACGUGUACUCUCUGCCCAACAUGACCGGUCGCACCACAGAGUCGCACAAACGGUCAGCACCGAACUACACACUGGUCGGACGCAGCAAACAGGGCGGCUUUGACGAGGACUUGGCCAGGACCCCUGGACCAGGCACGUACAAGACCCCCGUGCCCAACAUCUACAAGAACGCCCCGCCCCAGUACAGCAUGACCAGUCGCAACGUGAUGCCAGGGGACGGGACAGUCAAACCUGGACCCGGCGCUCACAGUCCAGAGACUGUAUACAUGACCAAGAAGCAAGCUCCAAAAUUCAGCUUCGGCAUGCGGCACACGCAAUACGAGGCCCCCUUGAUCGUCAACCCAACAGAAGAUUAACCUCCUCCCUAUCUACUCUCUUGCGCAAGAUAAACAAGACAAAUCUAUUGCUGGUGAUCGCAUCUUUCAGGGGGAGACGAAGAAAAAACUGGGGAAAUUAUCAUGAUAACCAAACUUUGUUGUUUUUUUUCUCAUAUGUUUUGUGCAUUGUCUGAGCAUUUAACAUGAUCAUGUGACCAUAAGUGGGCCAGCGAGGGUCUGUGUCUGUGCUGUUGUGUGGAGCGACAAAUAUACAUGUUACACGGAUAACAACAUUAGCUGCAACAACAGCAACAGCAACAACAACAACAACAACAACAACAGCGUGUUACACAGAGCUCUUAGCUCCCAUGUAUUUUUUUAAUUCAACUUUUAUAUGGAGGGAAAAAUGAAUAGAAAAGUGAAAUCUGUUACUACUCUCUACAACAGUCUGACUAUCACUUUAUUGUUUCUGUAUUUUUCUGUAAAUCGAUGCAAGAUUUGAGGCUAUAAGUUUGGCCCCACCUCGGAAUGAUACAGAGCAAUCAAUCUCCAACAUUUCACUUUUUGAUGUAAUUCUGUAUUUACAUUUUCCUGGCUUGUCAUAUUCAUUGUAUGCAUGAUAUUGUUUUCUUGUUUUCUAGAUUAAAAAACAUUUUUCUUUCAAGGAGAAUGGUUCGUAUUGUGGUGGAAUGAAAGAUUGUUUUUUGUUUUAUCACCAGAAUAGCUUUUCAGAGAGAAAUACUUAAUUUCAAAGUGAUAGACUCAGAAGCAUUAAAGUACCAGUAGCACACUUUUGUAUUGGCAAGCUGGAGAAGAAAUCCGAUGUCUGAUUUCCAAAGACGCAAUGAGCCCCACUUUUUGAUGUAAGCAUUGGGUUGUUUUUAUCUGUAGGAGUGUCACUCAUAAAUGAGGAACAUAGUUUGAGAAAAAAAAACAGUGAAUACUCAACAUUUUUUUCAGCUCCGUAGAAAGUUCUAGUAUUUCUGGAGUAAACGGCAUCGGUAGUUUUCCUCAGUGGACUUGCUUUCAUUGGUUGAAAGAUUUUCACCUGGACCAAACGUCUAAAAAGCUUUGUAAAUUGCUUGUAAUAUCAAAACAGUGGAAAUGCUAGAGAACAUAUAAUGUCCAAUUAUCUCAGUGUUAUGAGUGUUGUUAGUUUUUUCCAUUUUGUAUUUUAAAAAUGAGUUUAUGUGAUCUGAUUUUGUACAAAGUUUCUGCUGUGGAAGAAGUUUCAUUCUGCAUUGUUAAAAGAGCCCAUAGCACCGAAGGUGUAAAGUUUUUUACCUGUUUUUACCAAAAGUGUAUUUGUUUUGUGUGAUAAAUUUUAUCGAUGACUGGUAGAUAGAUAGUGGUAUGACUUGUGUCUCUUUCAUGAACUGUUACAAAGCCGCUUGCCUCUGUCACAGAGCUGUGCUGUGUGGGAGGGGACACCCUAGGGCAGCCUUGCUCCGUCUUGGAGGAUCGAGGAUCUUUAUGAAGAUCAAAGGUCAAGUGACAGUCCAGGAGAAGCCAACGGUCAACCCCCUGUCUACGUCCAGCCACUUUUGCCUAACACUUUAUUCUCAGUAUUAGUGAACCCGCCACGGGGUUAAAUCGGAAAUUAUUUAGAUCAGCAUUUCUUCCAAGCUCAGGUGUUUGUGCAUUGAGCAGUUUGUAUGUUGUGUUUUCUGGUCUUCGAAGGUCUCAGUGCUGGUAUCGAAGUAUUGUGCACUGUGUGCUUCUCAAGUUUUAUAUUUCUAACACAUAAAUGAACGUUCAGCCUCUCCAGUUUUGCUUUGGUCGUUCAUGUUUGUUGACACUGCGGCCAACCCACACAGACAAUCGGGGACAUCUAUUUGUAGCUAUGCACCGUAUUGUAUAAUGCACCGUAAAUGUGCCAGAUUUUUAUUUACUAUGGUAGUAUUAUCUGAAAAGAGUUGAACUUUUCUUCUGGAUUUUGUAUUAAGAAACUUUUAUGGGACCUGCAGAGAAUCUUUUGUGAACAUGACAUGUGCAGUCUUGUGUUUCUGACAAAACCAAACAGAUUUUUCUGUUGACCAGUGCUCUCUGGGUGAUCUGUAGAGGGCAUGCUGUACAGUAAUUUUAGAAUGUUGAAUUCUCUUUAAGUCUUGAACAAAAAAGCAAACAAGUUUCUGACAGGAUGUGGACACAUGGUAAAUAUCAAGAAAUGUUUUUCUCCAAGCUUGUAGGCUUUGUCAUUGAACAGAGUAGCAGAGUAGAAGUAAACUUUCAUCUUUUUCUGAAUGAUCAUGCUCAACUUAUUAAUUCAUUCAUAGCAUUGUUUAAAAUCAAAGUGUGAGAUUAUAUAUUGCAUUACAACAGUCUUCUAUCAAGUGUAUACAAGUCUUCUAUGAGGCAUAAGAAGGUGAUCAAGUGGGGACAGAAGUGUAUUGAUUGAAAAAUUUACUCCUCUCAACAUCCACAGUAAGUGUAAGCGAAUGUGCUGGGACUUUUGAGAGACUUUUACAUUUUUUUUUCUGUCAGGCUGCGGAGAUUCCCUGUAAAUUCAGGCAUGGGCAGUCGUGUCAAAGUCACUGGCCGGAUUAAGCGAUUCAGAAUAUCUUGUGGGCCAAAACGGGAGAAAACUGGGUGAAAUUGGUUGAAAUACCCAAGCUCUCGAAAUUGAGACGAAAACUGACACUAUAGCAUAAUGUGACGCAAGAGCAUUUUAUGAGUUUAAAAAAAAUUUUGAUCUAUUGCUUCCUUGUGGGCCGGAAACUACUGAUAUUAAUUUCCAAGACAGACAGUUGUUUUUAUUGAUUGUCAACUCAUCGUGGGCCACAUUGAUCAUUAAUUGGAUGUGGCCCCUUUGCCGGAGUGGCCUGCAGGUCGUCUUAGUUUGCCCAUGCCUGCUGUAAUUCCUCAAAGCUCAAGUUUGUUUCUUUCUGUAUUUGCCUCCAAAAGUAUUCUGUACAGUCUGUGAUAAAGCAUGGACUCUCCUAAGUAUUAUCACUUGCUCGCACCAGUAUUUUUGUAUUAUCACUCCCUCUUACCAGUAUUUUUACUUUUAUUUUCAUCGUUUUAUGUGAAUAUUUUUAUCUGUACCCUUGCAUUGUGUCAGUAAAUAUAAUAUUUAUACUUG